GAUGGCAUCAUGCCCCCGCUACUCCCCAAUGCGUGGCCCCGUGCCCCUCUGCUCGCCCCCGGCAUCUCCUGUGCGGGGCACCGUGCCCCUCGCGCUGCCCCACAUCUGCCCGACACCCGCUGUGGGUGGCUCCUUGCCUCAUCCCUCCCGCCAUGCCCAUGCUGGUAGCACCCUGGCUGCUAUCUCCGCUGCAUUGCCCCGUGAUGCCCCUGAUGGGAGGGGUCGUGCCCUCUCUGUCAGCCCCGUGGCCGCCUGCCUCAGUUUCCCCACUACCGUGCCCUCUCGCGUUCCCCUCCUGCUGUCUCUCCCUGUGUCCCUGCCCUGUAGGGACCUGACCCUGCCGGCCCAGGGAGCAGGGUUGCGGUGUCACCCAACUGUGUUUUACACCAAGUGCCAGGCUUGGCCUUUGGGUUGGGAGCAUGGCAGGCAGUAGGGAUGCCCGUCUCACUGGAGCACUGAGCAGGGCCAGGUGGGUGUAUCCUGGGAUCACCCUUCCCUGCCUCUCUGCAACAUCCUCUUCCUGGUGCCAGGCAGAGUUUGGACUUAGGUUGAAGUCCGUGGCCCCGGAGCCAGGAUUCAGGCUGUUUUGAGUGCCACAGGGCUGCUUUGCUGUCCUGUCCAGCAUCCCACUCCCUUCCUGUCCGUCCGGAGCAAGACAGAAGUCCCCCCGACUCACCCCCAGAGCUACUUCUCCUAUCUGACCCCCGAUCUCUUGCCCCAGGUGAGGGCAGCUCUGCUAGGCGGAAUCGGGCCCCUUCUCCUUGCUGGGAUUUGCUUUGCCUAUGCGGGUGCCUCAAUCCUGCCCCCAUGCAGGUAACACCCUCCCAGGCCAGCCCCCUGCCAGCAGCAGUGCAGUCAGGAGCUGCAUGACUUCCUUCUCUCACUGCCUCCCAGGUCUCCAAGAAGCUGGUGAACUCGGUGCCAGGCUGUGCAGACGAUGCGCUGGCUGGGCUGGUGGCCUGUAACCCGGCCAUCCAGCUCCUGCAAGGGCACCAGGUGGCACUGCGAUCCGACCUGGAGAACAUUCGGGGACGGGUGGCACUGCUAUCUGGAGGAGGGUCGGGACAUGAGCCCGCACAUGCAGGGUACAUCGGGAAGGGGAUGCUCACCGGAGUGGUGGCUGGCGCCGUCUUCACCUCUCCCGCAGUGGGCAGCAUACUGGCAGCAAUCCGGGCAGUGACACAGGCUGGCUCAGCCGGGACGCUGCUGAUCGUGAAGAACUACACUGGGGACCGGCUGAACUUCGGGCUGGCACUGGAGCAGGCCCGGGCGGAGGGGGCCGACGUGCAGAUGGUGGUGGUAGGUGACGACAGCGCUUUCACCGCGCAGAAGAAAGCGGGGAGAAGAGGGCUGUGUGGCACGGUGCUCAUACACAAGGUGGCUGGAGCACUGGCAGAGGCAGGGGCGAGCCUGGAGAAGGUUGUUCACAGGGUGAAGGCUGCUGCAGGAGCCAUGGGUACCUUGGGCGUGAGCCUGUCCCCCUGCAGUGUCCCUGGCUCGGGGCCUACCUUUCAGCUGGCUCAGGACGAGCUGGAGCUGGGCCUGGGGAUUCAUGGUGAGGCGGGCGUGCGCAGGAUGAAGAUGGUGCCGGCGGACGAAAUCGUCAAGACAAUGCUCGAUCACAUGAGCAGCUCUUCCAACGCCUCGCGCGUGGCCUUGGAGCCCGGGGCCUCUGUGGUGCUGGUGGUGAACAACCUGGGCGGCCUGUCCUUCCUGGAGCUGGGUGUGGUGGCCGGUGCGGCUGUACACUGCCUUGAGGACCGAGGUGUUCGCGUUGCCCGAGCCCUGGUUGGCACCUUCAUGACGGCGCUGGAAAUGGCUGGUGUGUCCCUCACCCUCCUGCUGGCAGAUGAUGACCUCUUGGGACUAAUCGAUGCUGAGACCACAGCUGUGGCCUGGCCCAACCUGGCUCGAGUACCUGUGACAGGCCGGAGCAGAGUGCUGGCUGCACCUGAGGAGGGACCUAAGGUGGAGGAGCCCAUCCCAGCUGGAGCCCCAGCCUCCCAGCGGGUGCAGCUGGUUCUGGAGCGGGUGUGCAGUACUCUGCUGGGCCUGCAGGAGGAGCUCAAUGAGCUGGACCGCGCGGCGGGGGAUGGCGAUUGCGGCAGCACCCAUGCCCGGGCUGCGAGGGCCAUACAGGAGUGGUUGAACUCGACGCCCCUGCCUGCCCGACCGUCCCAGCUCCUCUCCACCCUGGCCAGGCUGCUGCUGGAGAAGAUGGGGGGGUCCUCAGGGGCGCUGUACGGGCUGUUCCUGACGGCGGCUGCGCAGCCCCUGCAGAGCCGCAGUGACCCCACGGCCUGGGCUGCUGCCAUGGAGGCCGGCAUCGAAGCCAUGCAGCGGUAUGGGGGAGCCGCACCCGGGGACAGGACCAUGCUGGAUUCGCUCUGUGCUGCUGCUGAGGAGCUGCGUGCCCUGCAGGCCCCUGGCGCCGACCUGCUGCCAGUUUUGGCCAAGGCAGUUCAGAGCGCAGAGGCUGCGGCUGAAUCCACCAAGAACAUGGAAGCUGGCGCUGGCAGGGCCAGUUACAUCAGCUCGGCCCGCCUGGAGCUACCAGACCCAGGGGCCGUGGCAGCAGCAGCCGUUCUGCGCGCUGUGCUGGAAGGGUUACAGAGUCAAAGCGGGUGACUCUGCCACCUCCCCCUGCUCCUGAGCACCUCCCCCACUUUACCCUCCUCCCCCUGCAAGUCCCUGGGGCCCUUCUGUGCUGACUUGCACACCCUUUGUAGGCAAGACAAGCAGAAGUGAUGUUAACAGGAGUCCUGCCAAGAGCUGGCUCAAUGCUCCUGGAUCUGCCCAGAGCAGGAACUCAUCGGCGGGAAUGGGGGCCAGCAGGGAGACUGUGGUCAUCCCUGUGCCCCCUGGCCCCCCAGUUCAUCCCUGCUACUGGGUGCUGUGAGUGCGGUGGCUGUAAUAAAGAGUCCUGCCCCAGA